GCUCCAGUGCAGACGGCAGAUAGCCUCCGCCCGUGGAGACCAGGCUGCAAAAGCGCAGUGCAUUUUACGACUUCGCUAGCGCGUCACGGCGAGUACUGUACGGACUCGAGAUCUGGGAGAGCCUUGUCUUCCACCCUCGACCCUCCCAUUCCUAGACAAAACGAUUGCUGUUGCCUUGGUUAUGGUGAAUACUAUGCGCACCACUUCCAACGGCUUCUUGCAGCUAUGCCAACGAGCCGUAUUCGUCGGUAUCAAAUUGAGACACGAAUGUCAUUCGCCGUUGUGCGAAGGUACAUGCGGCUCAUGCCCAAGACAUGCUGUUCCCAGAGUAACGUAGUUGUCAUCGAAGGCUUCUAUUUUGCUCUGCCACUGGGGGGAACUGUUCGCUCCAGAAGAUGUUCAAACGGAAAGGCUGCGAAGAGGGUGCAAGAUGCCAAAUGUGUCAAUGAAGGUUGCAUGGAGCCGCCCAAAAGCUUGGCUGGAAUGACGUACUCCCUGCUCCGAACAUGCAUAAUAGGUAGGCAGGCAGGCACUCGUAUCCGUUUCGGGAGGUGGAUUCUGUCUCCCACCGUAGCCAGCCGUGGCUCCCUCAUGGAAGGCCUUUCUUCGGAGCUUCAAUCACAACUGUAGAGGCGGCUUCAACGAGCUCUUCCACAAUGUUCGCGAUCGCACGAAGAGACGCCUGUGGGAGUAUCGUUAUAUUCACCUACCAUCCCUAGGGCAUAAGGCAUAUUCGCGUAUCUGGAAAUAUCUGGUC